UUCUCAUUUAGUCCUAGUUUCAAUUCAUUUUUACUCAGUUUAUAAAGAAACAAUGCAUUCUUGAAGUUGGAAAUUUUCUACUAGAAAUUUUUUAUCAACAAUGAAACAAACAUUUCGAGAAAGAGAGAAAGGCAGGUUGCUACCUGUGAAUGAAGAAAGCCUCGCUUUACUUGUACUUCACGCGACAUCUCAUACUGGCAUCGACGGUGCAUCCCUUCUCCAUUAUAGUAUAUAUUUUUCCCCUCUUUUCUCUUUUUUAUAUUAUUUGUCAACCACAUAUUCGUUGAACUAUUCUCGGUUAUCACGUUGAAUCAUCAUCGUUGGCUCUUGUUUCAUUUUAUUUUCAACGUAAAUACUCGAUUGUAUCCAAAACAUUCUGAAGAGAAUCAUCAUUUCUAUACAUAGUUUAGAAACAUUCAAUAAUGUUCAGAAAGUUUAUUAAAAUGUCAUAUCAUAAAAAAAAUUAAUUUAAUUUAAUGAUUCAAUGUAAUGUAAUGAAGCAUCUUAUCAUUAGAAUCGGGAAAAUGAUAAUAAACAUGUGAUUUAUGAUGCAAGAAAAAACGUUUAAAGUAAAACUACAAAAAAUUCUUCAGGUUCAUUUUGUUACAACACAAGAAAACCCGAGGUUAGAGAGUAAAAAUAGAAUUGCCAUUCGUUCUGAGAUCGGAGAAUGAAAAGGUUAGGUCUAACGAUACGAAUAGAAAGACUUGGAGGGACUAGAAGCAGAUGAACAAAGUGAAAUAAACUUAAAGAGACGCCCCCGCUCUCUUAAGUGUUUCAAGAACGACUUCCUCCGCGUGAACUCUUCGGUUGUUGAAUUCAGUUGAACAAUUUCGCGCACGCGUCGUCUUGUUAGUCGAUAGAAGCCGUGAUCAGGAGCAAAAGUUCAUGCUGUAACCAAGGAGAGAGUAUAAGAAAGGAAAAGAAAACAAUAAUACCCUUGUGUUUUUCACCAAAAGAUGCCGUUAUGCCUUCUUAGUUUCCGCUGUAUGUUUUUAUUCUUCCAUUACAUCGAUCGUGAGUUCCAUACGAAUAAAACCCCACUUACGAGUUAACUCACUUGCAGCGAGCGAUAAUACAUUACCAGACUGGCUGAAUAACGGUUCCAAGUACCUAUGCCGUUCUAAUCUCAUUUCAGAUAAUGGGUAACUCCAAAAUAGAGAGUAUUAAUUAAAAAAAAUGCCCAACAUCAUCACUAUUAUCAUUAGUAUCAAUACCUGUACUAGAUUGGUGGAUCGAGGUAAAAAAUAAAAUGUACCCAAUUCACUCAUCAUCUUCUCAUUUCAAGACAUCAAUAUAAUAUGCCAAACCUACUUUCUUAUCGGUACGAUAGACGUCUGAAAGGUAAGUAAAAUAUUAAUGUUCUUCUACCUUUUCCAUAAUCUUAUAGAUGACAGGAUACAUUCUGAUGCUGGAUCCUGACAAUGGAACUACUCGGGAACGAGGUUGUGAAAAGUGGGUAAAUGUUGGAUGAUUGAAGUUCCAAGACGUAACAAAAAUACAUCUUGUAAAUAAAUCAGAAGAAGAGAGAAAAAGAGAGAGAGAAAUCUGGCACUGUAGGUCAUAAUAAUACUUUUAUACUAUAGUGCUAUAAGACUACGAUUCAUACCAGUAUCAAGCGUGAUUUGUUACUUCAUCUUUAAUGCCUCCAGUUAUUUUACGCAGAUUUCUCUUUUCUUUGCUUUCAAUAUAAAUUAGAUGCAGUGAAGACGAAGCUAAAGAGACGAAUCUAAAUGUGCUUGGAAGCAGAGAAUAGAUAGACGGAAGGAAUGGGUGCUGGCAUGGGUAGAACAGGAACGGGUGGUGGUGGUCUUCUCGAGGCAUUACCUUCUGGUACGCCGCUUCAUGUUGCUAUGCUGGGGCUAGAUAGUGCUGGAAAAACUACGGCUUUAUAUCGACUCAAAUUUGAUCAGUAUCUCAAUACAGUUCCCACAAUAGGAUUUAAUUGUGAAAGAAUUCGUGGUGCUAUCGGCAAAGCUAAAGGUGUAACUUUUCUUGUUUGGGAUGUUGGUGGUCAAGAAAAACUCAGACCAUUAUGGAAAUCUUAUACAAGGUGUACAGACGGAAUUAUAUUUGUAGUAGACUCUUGUGACACAGAACGACUGGAAGAAGCAAAAAUGGAAUUAACUAGAACAGCGAGAAGUCCCGAUAAUGCUGGAGUACCUAUACUUAUUCUAGCAAAUAAACAAGAUUUACCUGGAGCAAAAGAAGUAAGUGAAUUAGAAAAGCAUCUUGGAGUACUUGAACUUAUAGGAUCUCCUGGAUGUGCAUGUAUAAGAGUUCAACCUGCUUGUGCUAUUACUGGUGAAGGUCUACAUGAAGGACUUGAUACCCUUUAUCAACUUAUCCAAAAACGACGUAAACUUGCCAAGUUAAAUCGUAAGCGGGCGAGGUAGGCCCGGGCUUCAGAGGACUGUACCUGUGUCUUCUGAUACUGUCCUCAAAUCACUAAUGAUCAUUGUGAUAUUUGGCCGCAAAAACAUCCAAUAACUUUUCAAGUUGUAUAACUGGUUUGGAUGGCAGCAAGAGCAUAGAGAUUUUGAUGAAUCGACCAUGCCCAUAUUUAGUAACGAACUGACCAGUCAAGUAUCAUUAGUCUUCGAGUAGAAUAAAUGUACAAUCAUCGCGAUGAUACAUUUCUUCAAAUUGAUCCAGAUAUUUUCAACAAUAUCUUCGACAUGUAAAAUAUGAUAACAUUUCGUUAAAAACAAGAUUUCAUCUUGAUUACAUGUUUGAAUAACAGUGUGUACGUGACCAAAAAAAAACAAACAUACAAAAGUAUUUCUUGUAACAAGAUUUUACAGUAAAGAAAGCAGUUGUUAGUUUAA